CCUCACCUCAGGUGGUCGCUCACUGGAAGACUGGAGAUAGGGUGUCUGCUCUUAGUGGACUUCUUGUGGUUGGCACGGGAGAGGCGCACCGGUGCGCCCCAGGACAACCCUUCUGGCAGGGAGGUCGGCAGCUUGAGCUCCAGGCUACUUGCACCCAAGGCCGAUUGCUCCCUCUUGCCCCUGGCUCUGUUCUAAUUACCAGGCCUCCAACCCUCGCCUCCUUUCUGUCCUGCUGGGGCCACUGGACAUGCAGGGGUGAGGAGUGGAAAGCUAGGACUGGCGGUGUGCUCCUUGCCCUGCCGUGCCUGACCAACAGGCGGCGUCAGAGACCUAGGUCUGAGCUGGGGAGUGGGGGGUGCGGAUCUGAGCAAGCUAAGCCGACUCGCUCGGCGCGAGAAGAUCGACCCUCACCCCAAACUUACAAACUUGCCCAGGAGGGGUGUGGGAAAGGCUCAGCGACCACGGGGAACCGCCAAGAAGGAGAGGAGCGGGACGGGACAGAGUCGCGGCGGAGGACCUGACUGCGAGCAGGAACGCAGAGAACCGCGGGCGGCCGGCGGCGGCUGCUGAUCCCGCGCGGGGGAGGCGGCAGGCGCCGGGGGAGGCAGAGCGCAGAGGAGGAGGCGCGGAGCGCAAGGCGGGCGGAAGGACCAGUGCGGAGGGUCGGAGACCGAGCACGGGCGGCACGGACAGUCUCCACGGCAGACCCGGUGGGCUCGGCCCGGGGUUCCGCGGAGGAGAUGGCUUCCAGCCCGCUACCUGGGCCCAACGAUAUCCUGCUGGCCUCACCGUCGAGCGCCUUCCAGCCCGACGCGCUGAGCCAGCCACGGCCAGGCCACGCCAACCUCAAACCCAACCAGGUGGGCCAGGUGAUCCUCUAUGGCAUUCCCAUCGUGUCGUUGGUGAUCGACGGGCAGGAGCGCCUGUGCCUGGCGCAGAUCUCCAACACUCUUCUCAAGAACUUCAGCUACAACGAGAUCCACAACCGCCGCGUGGCGCUGGGCAUCACGUGCGUGCAGUGCACGCCAGUGCAGCUGGAGAUCCUACGGCGCGCCGGGGCUAUGCCCAUCUCUUCGCGCCGCUGUGGCAUGAUCACCAAGCGCGAGGCCGAGCGUCUUUGCAAAUCGUUCCUGGGCGAAAACAGACCGCCCAAGCUGCCCGACAACUUCGCCUUUGAUGUGUCGCACGAGUGCGCCUGGGGCUGCCGCGGCAGCUUCAUCCCGGCGCGCUACAACAGCUCGCGCGCCAAGUGCAUCAAAUGCAGCUACUGCAACAUGUACUUCUCGCCCAACAAGUUCAUCUUCCACUCGCACCGCACGCCCGACGCCAAGUACACGCAGCCAGACGCAGCCAACUUCAAUUCCUGGCGCCGUCAUCUCAAACUCACCGACAAGAGCCCUCAAGACGAGCUCGUCUUCGCCUGGGAGGACGUGAAGGCCAUCUGCAGCUACCCCAGCGAGGACAGCUCCGAGGAUGAGGACGACGAGGAAGAAGAGCAGGAGGUGGACGUGGAGGGCCACAAGCCCCCUGAAGGCGAGGAAGAGGAGGAGGAAGGUCGAGAUCCUGACGAGGAGGAGGAGGAAGACGAGGAGACGCGGGUCCUACUAGGGGACCACCAGCAUCCAUCACUGGAGGAGCAGCCCUCCUACAAAGAUAAUCAGAAAACCAAGGAAAAUAACCAAGUUAUUGUAUCUACAAAGGAUGACAACAACUUUUCAGACAAGAACAAGGACCAUAGCUUUUUCAUCACAGACUCUGAUGCUUCUGGAGGAGAUUUUUGGAGAGAAAGAUCAGGUGAGCACACGCAAGAAACCAAUUCACCUCAUUCGCUCAAAAAGGAUGUAGAAAAUAUGGGAAAAGAAGAACUUCAGAAGGUUUUAUUGGAACAAAUAGAUUUACGGAGACGACUAGAACAAGAAUUCCAAGUGUUAAAAGGAAAUACAUCUUUCCCAGUAUUCAAUAACUUUCAGGAUCAGAUGAAAAGGGAACUAGCCUACCGAGAAGAAAUGGUGCAACAGUUACAAAUCAUCCCCUAUGCAGCAAGCUUGAUCAGGAAAGAAAAGCUUGGUGCCCAUCUCAGCAAAAGCUAAAAGGUGCACGGAACCACUUACUCUUGUUCUCUUGUAAGAUACAGCCUGCCACUGAGCACUUCUGACCUGCAUAAAACUGCAAAUUGAAAGGGCUUGGGAAUCUACAAAAUCAGGUUCUGGAGAACCCAAGGACAAGUGACCUCGAAGCAGCAUGGACAACCAUGUAAAAUAGACUGUAGCAGCCAUUCAUUAGUGGGGGGAGGGGGGAGCCAACCAGAGCAGUCAAUGCUUGUCGCAUCUUUUGGUGGAACCAAAGUUUGAGUCUUUGUGUUUUUAAAGGACAACAGAACCCAGAGUGUGGAAAAUGUUAUUAGCCAACCGGGGUGAGAAAUCCAUGAAUGAUCCCAAGUGAUCUCAGUGCCGCACGUGGAGAGAGCAGCUCUAAAAAACUGUCUUUUACUUUUGAAAUAGUGAUUCUCCAUGGACAGAAAACACAAGACCUGUUCUGGGAGUGGAGAUCGUGUUUUGACAGGUGGGAAGGUAUCAGACAUACAAACCUGCUUUUCACAGCAAAUACUGGACAGACUUACACGU